AUGGAUUACGCGCUUGACCGAUCGGUUUUCCCAAGCGAAAUCUCUGACAGUGCUGUUGCUGGUGGUGGUUUGCGUGCUGAUUUAGGACUUGAAGUCGACCAGAUCCAACCGGCUCAAGUGGGUCGGUUCUAUCUCUCUCUCUCUCUCUCACUGUCGUUCAGUCUAGCGGACAUGAGCACAGAUCGGCUUGACCACGCCCCGCAUCGGACCGGACCGGAUCGGACCGUACCACGUUCGUGGUUGGGAGCACGUCACAUAGAAUUGCACAGCUAA